AUGAAAUUAAGCAAUAUUCUCCUCUCUAUUUUGCUACCAGUUGGUGUCCGUGGUAUGGUUAACGGAUUACCGGGAUCGGACUAUCGCGCCCCCGAGGGCCAUGAGUUUAUCCCCGCGGGACACAACGACAGUCGUUCACCGUGCCCCUGGCUUAAUGCUUUGGCCAACCACGGAUAUCUACCGCGGAAUGGCCGCAACAUCACCCGCAAGCUUGUGGAAGAGGGCUUCAACAAGACUUUCAAUUUUGUGCCCGGCACGCUCGAAGGACCCACGGCAGGGGCCAUAACGGCAGGCAAACGGGGGAACGGGACCUUUGACCUGGAGGAUACUGUCAAGCAUAAUGUCGUCGAGCAUGAUGGUAGUAUGAGCCGCAAUGACGAAGCCAUCGGCAACUCUCUCGUGUUCGACCCAGUCAUAUGGAACCGAACGCGGUCGCACUUUAAGUCUGAUACCAUCAGCCUUAGAGAUAUUGCCGUAGCACGCCUGGAUCGCUUUGCUACCGCCAAGGCUUUGAAUCCGCAGUUUGACAUGUCUGGCGACAGCCUGGCUAACACCUUUGUGAAUCAUGCAGUAUGGCAGUUGUCGUUUGGCGACCGUGUUGAAGGAAACGCAAACACGCUGUUCACGCGAGUAAUCUUCGGUAAGGUGGUGCUAGAAGAAGAGCGACUUCCUUUCAAAGAGGGAUUCGUCAGGCCUUGUCAGCCGAUCACGGGCUCGGACAUUGCGAACAUGGUUGGGAAGAUCCAGAAGGCUGCGGUGGAGGUCGGCAUGUCUACUAUUCUUAAUCUUGCCUACUGCUCCUAG